GGGCGGUCCCAAGCCCUCCCGCCGGGGACCUCGGUGCCUCCUCCUCACUCCGCCAGUCGGCGGGAGCCCAGGUGCGGGCGGGCUGGAGGCGCUCGAGGAUGCGCUGCUGGACGCUGCUCUUGCUGUGGGGACUGCUCCCCGGCACGACGGUGGGGGGCGCGGGCCCGACCUACCCGCACCGCACCCUCCUGGACGCCGAGGGCAAGUUCUGGCUGAGUUGGGGUCCGCGCGGUGGCGGGCUCGCUUUCCGCCUGGAGGUGCGCACGGCCGGCUACGUGGGCUUCGGCUUCUCGCCCACCGGGGCCAUGGCCUCCGCGGACAUCGUCGUGGGUGGGGUGGCCCACGGGCGGCCCUACCUGCAGGACUAUUUUACAAAUGAAAAUAGAGAGUUGAAAAAAGAUGAUCAGCAAGAUUACCAUCUAGAAUAUGCCAUGGAAAAUAGUACACACACAAUAAUUGAAUUUACCAGAGAACUACAUACAUGUGAUGUAAAUGACAAGAGUAUAACGGAGAGCACAGUCAGAGUGAUCUGGGCCUACCACCACGAAGAUGUGGGAGAAGCGGGUCCCCAGUACCAUAACUCCCACCGAGGCACCAAGAGUCUGCGCUUGUUGAGUCCUGAGAAAACCAAUGUGUUGUCUUCAGCCACACCAUACUUUGACCUGGUAAAUCAGGACGUCCUAAUCCCAAACAAAGGUACAACAUACUGGUGCCAAAUGUUUAAGAUUCCCGUGUUCCAGGAAAAGCAUCAUGUGAUAAAGGUUGAGCCAGUGAUACAGAGCGGCCACGAGAGUCUUGUCCAUCACAUCCUCCUCUACCAGUGCAGCAGCAGCUUUAACGACAGCGUCCUAGACUAUGGUCACGAGUGCUAUCAUCCUAACAUGCCUGAUGCCUUCCUCACCUGCGAGACCGUUAUUUUUGCCUGGGCCAUCGGUGGAGAGGGUUUUUCCUAUCCUCCUCAUGUUGGAUUAUCUCUUGGCACUCCAUUAGAUCCUCAUUACGUGCUUCUGGAAGUCCAUUAUGACAAUCCAACCAAUAUGGAAGGCUUAAUAGAUAACUCUGGGCUGCGACUGUUUCAUACAAUGGAUAUAAGGAAAUAUGAUGCUGGAGUGAUUGAGGCUGGCCUUUGGGUAAGCCUCUUCCAUACCAUUCCUCCAGGGAUGCCUGAGUUUCGGUCUGAGGGUCACUGCACUUGGGAAUGCCUGGAAGAGGCUCUGAAAGCGGAAAAGCCAAGUGGAAUCCACGUGUUUGCGGUUCUUCUCCACGCUCACUUGGCUGGCAGAGGCAUCAGGCUCCGUCACUUUCGCAAAGGAGAGGAAAUGAAAUUACUUGCUUAUGAUGAUGAUUUUGACUUCAAUUUCCAGGAGUUUCAGUAUCUAAAGGAGGAACAAACUAUCUUACCAGGAGAUAAUCUAAUUACUGAGUGUCGCUACAACACAAAAGAUAGAACCCGGAUGACUUGGGGAGGACUUAGCACCAGAAAUGAAAUGUGUCUCUCAUAUCUUCUUUAUUAUCCAAGAAUUAAUCUCACCCGAUGUGCAAGUAUUCCAGAUAUUAUGGAACAACUUCAAUUCAUUGGUGUUAAGGAGAUUUAUAGGCCAGUCACGACCUGGCCUUUCAUUAUCAAAAGCCCCAAACAGUAUAAAAACCUUUCUUUCAUGGAUGCUAUGAAUAAAUUUAAAUGGACGAAAAAGGAAGGUGUUUCCUUCAAUAACCUUGUACUUAGCCUGCAAGUAAACGUGAGGUGCUCCAAGACAGACAAUGCAGAGUGGUCGAUUCAAGGGAUGACAGCAUCACCGCCGGACAUAGAAAGACCCUACAAAGCGGAGCCUUUGGUGUGCGAAAGGUCUCUUUCCUACUCUCUGCACAGAAGCUACUCUCUCAAGCUGCUGGUGGGCUUCGUGGUACUCGGCAGCUCCCUGGGCAACGUCUAUUUGUGAUCAUGAUCCUGUGGUGUUGGGUGGCAAUGUUUCUGUGAUUCAAGCCUGCUACUUCAUGGGCAGGCCAAAGACUCUCAGGUCUCGAAGCCUGCUCACGUGAGCCUUGAGACCUUCCUUGCAAACACCCCCUCCCGCGCAGUUUGUGAGAGACCUCACUUGGGUUUUCUUCUUUCCAUCAGAAAGGUCCGAUAUGUGUUUUCAUGCCAAUAAAACAAAAGUCGCCUGACUUGUGUAACCUUUUUAAAAACUGGGGAAAGUCAAGUGGAAGUGAAAGAAUUAUUUCCUUCCAUAUUCUGCUUUAUUUAAAUAGCCAUUGUUGUUAUUUUACUUAUAAAUUUGGUGUCUCUAUUCCUUUCUAAAAAUUCUUUCACCUUAAAAAUAUAAAGAAAAUUACUGUCCACUCCAGUUUGCUUCCUUAUCGCACGCAGUCUUUGGGUGUGACUUCCCACACAUUUCGGCGGGCCUUCCUUCCUCUCCAUGUUCUCCCCUCUGCCCUUUCCUGUGCAGCACCGUGGACCCUCACUGCAGUGCUUUUUGAUGUCUGUUCUAUUCUCGUUGCUAUCUGCAUCUGUUUGUUUUCCUCAAACCCCAACUCAACGAGUUUGUUUCCCACUCCUGCUCAGCACAACCAGCCAGGCUUCUUUGUUAGGUCUUUCACUCUCGAAAGAGAAAAAGGUGCAAAAGAAAAAGAUGCGGAAAACAUAGAAAGGGAAUGGAGCUGAUUGUAGACCGAGGAGAUCAUGUAUCUGGCUGCAGGUGCAAGGGAUCCUCUCUGGGCUCCCAGGUCAAUGGUUGCAGGGUGCCUGCAUAGAACUGCACCAGCAUGUUGGAUGUCACACAUGCUGCAUACCGGCUCAAUUUGAGUCAUAGUUGCUAUUGUAGAUUUAUUUUUCUAUUAGUUUACAAACUGACUUUCCACAAUAAAAUUGUCACUGGUUGGGUAUAGUUCAGCCAUAUCUUGUUUUGUGAUCUUUCCUCAUUUCUUAAGCUCAAUCUGUUUGGAUCAUAUCAAUAAACUAA